GUGCCAAUUCCCGGACUCGAUAACACGGGACUCAUUUUUGCUCGAAGUCUCGCAAAACGCUUGCGGGAAUGGAUCACUCUUCGAACCCCACCGCCGGCAACGGCGGCCUCUCUGCCAUCACUGGAGCCACCACCGCGGCCGGCAACGCCCUCACUCCUACCGCCAACGCCUACAGCAGCGGCGCCGCGGCCGCCACCGACUCAGCCGAUGAGCGGUCGCAGAAUCUCAAACAAGUCAUCAACUCCGUCGACAAGACUCUCGGUCUCCUCCACCAACUCUACCUCACCGUCUCCUCCUUUAGCGCCGCUUCUCAACUACCCCUCCUCCAACGCCUAAACGCCCUUGUUGCUGAGCUUGACACGAUGCAGAAGCUGGCUGAGAACUGCGACAUCCAGGUCCCAAUGGAGGUGGUGAAUUUGAUUGAUGAUGGGAAGAACCCGGACGAGUUUACGAGGGAUGUUCUCAACAGUUGUAUUGCCAAGAAUCAGAUCACCAAAGGAAAGACUGAUGCUUUUAAGAGCUUGCGGAAGUACCUUUUAGAGGAGCUUGAACAAGCUUUUCCAGAUGAAGUGGAAAACUAUAGGGAAAUACGUGCAUCUUCUGCUGCUGAGUCAAAACGGCUGGCUCAGUCUCAGAGUGUUUUACCCAAUGGAGAUGUCAAAGUCAAGACAGAGCAUUAAGUUCUCUUGAAUCUCAACGAUACAUCUUCAGGAUAACAUUUACGAGUAUAUCUAAUAACUUUGUUACCAGGUCUUUGGGAAAAAAAAUAUUCUUGGUUUGUAGUCAGCUUUCGUGUUUAAGCCUUACUUAAUGGAAAGACAGCGGGGAUGAAAAUCUUAUGAAGGUUCCUACUGUACAUUAAUCCCCACAAUGAGAUGUUUCCCUGUCCAAUCGGUAACAUGUUAAUAUUCCCCUGUAAAAUGUUAAUUUGGAAGUGCUGUACCCUGCACUUUUGUGGGUAUGUUUUAACUUGAAAGAGCUGGCAGAUGUGAUAAUGAGCAUGACAUGUAAAUAUACGAGUAAAUGGGCUGUUGUGAAAAAAUCAAGCAGAUUUCAAUCU